GUAGUUGACCCUUGGGUCACGCUCCAACACAGUAGAUGGCGCUAAUGUGCCUGAAGGAGUUCGUGCCACCGUUCGUAAACCGGAAAAGAAGAAAAAGAGUACGGCGUGUCUGUGAUAGUGCUCACUCUGUAGGUUUUGUAAUUGUGGGUGAUGGCAGGUCCAGAGCUCUUACUGGACUCUAAUAUCCGGCUUUGGGUGGUCCUGCCCAUCGUCUUUAUCACCUUCUUUGUUGGGAUCAUUCGUCACUAUGUCACUCAGCUGCUCCACAGUGACAAGAAGGUGGAGCUGGAGCAGGUUUCUGACAGUCAGGUCCUCCUGCGCAGCCGCAUCCUUAGAGAGAAUGGGAAAUACAUUCCUCGACAGUCUUUCAACAUGAGAAAACAUUAUUUCAACAAUGCAGAGACUGGAUUCUUCAAGAAGACUAAGAGGAAAGUCGUCCCUAAGAACCCAAUGACAGACACCAGCAUGGUCACAGACAUGAUGAAGGGAAACCUGACAAAUGUCCUACCUAUGAUUCUGAUUGGUGGAUGGAUAAACUGGGCAUUUUCUGGAUUUGUCAUAACAAAAGUGCCGUUUCCUCUCACUCUGAGGUUUAAACCCAUGUUACAAAGAGGAAUCGACCUGCUGUCACUCGAUGCAUCCUGGGUAAGUUCUGCUUCCUGGUACUUCCUGAAUGUGUUUGGACUCAGAAGCAUGUACAGCCUCAUCCUGGGACAGGACAACGCUGCCGAUCAGUCUAGGGUCCUGCAGGAUCAGAUGACCGGUGCUGCCAUGGCCAUGCCACCUGAUCCCAACAAGGCCUUUAAGAGUGAGUGGGAGGCGCUGGAGAUUGUUGAACAUAAAUGGGCGCUGGAGAAUGUCGAGGAAGAGUUGAUGCGCAGAGACCUGAACCUCGGAAACGUCUACAACCGCGAUAUGAAGUCGGCCAUAUUUUAAAACAACCAGGAAAAGCCUGAGACCUGAUGACGGAGGAGCCAGCACCAAGCUCAGCGCCGUCAUCUCUGCAGAAAGUGUCGUCGUUAGCCAACUGGGAGGAGGAGGAGGAGGAGGAGGAGGCAGAGCUGCUGUUAGGAGGUGGAAGUGUGGGUUUACGAAGUUUGUCCUGACGGUGGUAAAACAGGACGUAAGCAGCGUUUGUCUGCGAGAGAAGGAGAAAGAAGACGAGAAAAAGACGAUGAUCUCUGUGACAUCAUCACUGUUGGCCGAGCCAAUGUACGCUGUUUCAUUCACUAAUUCAAAUUGUUAAUGAGGUAUAUUUGUAUAAAUGGUUAAUUAUAUUCAUAAUUACACAGUUAUAUGUAUAACUGCACGAGUUAUAUUCAUUAAAAAAAUUUCAACAACGCAUUAUCAUCAUUGGAGUGUCUUAACCUCACUAAGAAAACGAACAAAAACAUCAUUGGUAAGAUUAAGAGAAUCAUAAUAUAAACAUAGCAAU